GCUUUGAGAAGUAGUUCAACCCUCCGCUAACUUAGCAAUUGGCAUAAGGGAAAUAGCAAGCAGUCAUCCCACAGUCUAUCAUGCUUUCAAUCGCUCGACGAGUUCAUAGUUCACUCCCUUCCCUCCAAUUUAUUGGUCUCCAAUUCCAGUCUGCUCAUGCCGCCGGGAGUUCUUCCCCACAUCGGCGGCAAAGGUCCAAGUUUUCUCCGUCAGCAAUGUUGAAGAAAGUCGACGACAAGUCAGAUUGGUGGGUUGUUGACGGGGAAAUGCACGAAAUUGGUGAAAAUGUACCUCCCAGGGAGAGAUUCGUAAUCUCAAGACAGAACAUCCCUAACAAGCGUCGUAAGCAGCUUCGCGAACAGUUCAUGCGCCGUACUCGCCUAGUCCUUAAAGAAUCUGAGCAUGAACCAUGGUGCAAAAGAUAUAUGGAAUUGUAUAAAGAGAUGAGAGAGAACUGGGAGAGGCUAUAUUGGGAUGAGGGUUAUUCCAAAAAGCUUGCUCAAGAUCAUGCAAACUAUGAUUCUGCUGAAGAUGAUGAUGAAGAUUUCUCUCCAUACAGGAGAAGUAGACCUAAUGCUGACCAAAUGAAGGAACAAGGAGGAGUUACAGGGAGAAACAGACAAGGUGAUAACUGGGAAAAGGUUAGCCUAAUCCGUGAUAAAUUUGAGUACGACAGAGAGAGAAGAAUGAGAGAAAAAGCAUUUGCACCUAUGAGUGAAGCAAACAACAUUGGUAUGGAUUACUCAACUCCGAAGUACCAGGCCUCUGACACUCGGAGAUACAUAUCUGACAGCGAUAGUGACAUUGACUGACCGAAAAGACAGCCACCUUUCAGAAACUAGCAUCAAUUGUCUAUUUUGUUUGCGAGCAACUUUCGUAUGACACAGAUGAUAACUUAAUGUGUGUACAAGCAGGGCAUUGCAACAACACAACAAAGUUUAUGGGGCUUUCUUGAUCAACUAGUAGACUUGCAUGAAGAAAGAGACCGAUGUUGAAAAUGUACAAUAAAUUCCUUCGAAGUCACCUGCAUGAGCUCAAUUCAGAUAUCCAUAAAGGGGUGUGCUUAGUGUCUUGUAUAAUUCGGAAGCAGACUUCUCUACACUGUUGCUUUUCUACUGCGCUACCUGUGGGAAGUUUCUUAGCUUGGGACAGUGAAGGGAGCAUUGCUCCCAACCAACUGACAAUAAUGGUUAUGCUGCGAACACAAUUUCUUUGGGGGUUUAGCAAAACCUCUUUGAACUUGCUGCUAGUGCUCAUGUUGGCAAUUCUUUUUUUUUUGGUAAAUAAAUGAUUUUAUUACCGAGUAGGAAUUACAAAACAGAAAAGCAAGCUGGACAGCCCCCUGACUUGCAUCAAUUAA